UGAAACUGCUCGCACUUCUCUUCAAAGCUGGCGCUUGGAAGUCAGGGUAGAGCGCCGCUGACGUGGUAGCCGCCGCUGCUUUCGCCGGGGGAUAAUAAGCCGGGAUCUUCCAUACCCAUUGAUUAACUAUGGAAGACUAUACCAAAAUAGAGAAAAUUGGAGAAGGUACCUAUGGAGUUGUGUAUAAGGGUAGACACAAAACUACAGGUCAAGUGGUAGCCAUGAAGAAAAUCAGACUAGAAAGUGAAGAGGAAGGAGUUCCUAGCACUGCAAUUCGGGAAAUAUCUCUAUUAAAAGAACUUCGUCAUCCAAAUAUAGUCAGUCUUCAAGAUGUGCUUAUGCAGGAUUCCAGGUUAUAUCUCAUCUUUGAAUUCCUUUCCAUGGAUCUCAAGAAAUACUUGGAUUCUAUCCCUCCUGGUCAGUUCAUGGAUCCUUCACUUGUUAAGAGUUAUUUGUACCAAAUCCUACAAGGGAUUGUGUUUUGUCACUCUAGAAGAGUUCUACACAGAGACUUAAAACCUCAAAAUCUAUUGAUUGAUGAUAAAGGAACAAUUAAACUGGCAGAUUUUGGCCUUGCCAGAGCUUUUGGAAUACCUAUUAGAGUAUAUACACAUGAGGUAGUAACACUCUGGUAUAGAUCUCCAGAAGUAUUGCUGGGGUCAGCUCGCUACUCAACUCCAGUUGACAUUUGGAGUAUAGGUACCAUAUUUGCUGAAUUAGCAACUAAGAAACCACUUUUCCAUGGGGAUUCAGAAAUUGAUCAACUCUUCAGAAUUUUCAGAGCUUUGGGUACUCCCAAUAAUGAAGUGUGGCCAGAAGUGGAAUCUUUACAGGACUAUAAGAAUACAUUUCCCAAGUGGAAACCAGGAAGCUUAGCAUCCCAUGUCAAAAACUUGGAUGAGAAUGGCUUGGAUCUGCUCUCAAAAAUGUUAGUCUAUGAUCCUGCCAAACGAAUUUCUGGCAAAGUGGCACUGAAUCAUCCAUACUUUAAUGAUUUGGACAAUCAAAUUAAGAAGAUGUAGCUUUCUGACAGAGUUUCCAUGUGUUGUGUCGAGAACAGAUAGCUGUAUUUUUACUGUUAACUGUUUUUGUCUUAUGUAUUUUUCUUUUCUUUGUUGUAAAACUUAAGCUGUGCCUCAUCUUCUGAUUUCAAAAGUGUAACUUAAAAAUGUAAAUACUGUUCUAUAUGAAUUUAAAUAUAAUAAUUCUGUAUAUGUUUGUAGAUCCCACCGUAACAACUAUUUGUUACUAUAAUAAAACUAUAUAAAUCUAGUAUUGAUGUCAGGAAUUGGGAAAAAUUUGAGUUAGCUUAAAUCAUCUAAAAUCCUACAGCAGUCUGCUUUUCCUGUAGUUGGAAAUACUAAACUUUAGGAAAGUGUGCCUGGUUGAAAAUUCAUAAUGCUUUGAAGUAUUUUUAUGUUCUGAAUGUUUAAAUUUUCUUGUCAGUUUCUUGCCAUGUGAUAAUUCUACAACCUGCUUAAAGAUGAAUAUUUUUCUACUGGUAUUUCAAUUCGUGACCUAAAUGUUUAGGCAUUCAGAUGAGAAAACUAUCCAGAUUUGAGAACUGAUGCUUAAAUUUAGAGAGGUUUUUAGUAAACUUAUAAAACUAACAUUAGCGUAUGCCAAAGUUUGCUAAGUUUUACAGUCAGAGAUUAAGGGCUGUCCACAGCAGGGGAGAACAGUUUAGAAAAUUUAUGAGCUAUCCUAUUUUUAGGUAGGUUAUGAAAGUUAUUUGUCUGAGUGAAUUCUUGUGCCUUGGUCAGAGGUAAUAACUAUACAAGGAGUUGCUUAUCUUGGCUUUCAAGCCUGACUUUAAAACUCGGUUUGUAAAUUUUGACAUAGUUUAGUUUAUUAGCAGCCUUCUUAGAAGGUUCUAAUGUAAAAUUAUUUAGCUAAAAUCACUAGCUUUGGGAAUUGUUUAAUUAAUAAUGCUGCUCAUUGUGAUUUUUACCUGUAAGCAGGCUAAUUUAUUUGUUAUAGCCAAGAGAAAUGUCUCUAAAGAUAGUUUUAUCAUUUUUAGUGUACAUCUAUCCAUUGUCUGCCCAUAUACUCUAUUUUUCCUCCUGGUUACUUAUGGCUAGAAUGGGCAUUCUUGUGUGACUGAUCCAGUUGACUGAAUAUGUAAUGGGUGAUCUGCCUAAUCUUGUUGUCUUAGAAUUUUUGCACUUGAGGAGAAAGGAUAGGUCACUUUCUUUGGUGACAGGGCUUAUAAGGUGAGAGGUUUGGUGGCCUUGUUCUAGGUCCUUUGGCGGAAGCCAGCCUGCAGUAAGGGAAUGCAGAGCUUGGAAGUCAUUUGAGGUCAUACUGUGGAGAGAUUUCAUGGCUUGAAUUUGUUAAAUGAAAGGUCACACCAAAGAUUUAAUUGAGAUGGUGAAGUGGUGUAUCUACAGAAUUGUGUUCUCUUACCUGUGAAGUGAAGUAUUGAAGUGAGUCUACUUUUCAAAUUGUGCAUUGCAGCCCUUUAGCGCUUCAGGAUCAGCAUUAAUCAAUGAUACCCUUCCCCCCGCCCUCCCCCCCGAAAUUAUCGGUGUGUCUUAUAUAAUUAUUUCUUGGUAUUUUUGUUUCAAUAAUAUAUAGAUGCACUGGCGUCAGCAAUGUCUGGGGCCUUGUGGACUUGGUAGCAGCAGCACGCAUCCUCACUGGUAUUGUUCCUUGCCGUCUAAUUGUUUGAAAAGUCAGUAAUUCAUCAACUGAGAACCUACUUAGUGGACCAGGGAAAUGAGACGGUAGAACACUGCCAACAGUUGCUGUAAUGAGUGACCUCCUUUCCGUCCUGCUCCAGCUAUCUGAGUAGUCCCGUGUAAAGUGUUUACGGCAGCUUCAGUGACUGCGUGAAGAGCUACUGAAUUGGGUCCUCAUCUCAUGCAUAUUUUUACAUUGGCUUGUGUUGUGGUGCUCCUGAUUCAUUUUAAAGUGGAUCUUUUCCCUGA